AUGCCGGCAUCGAACUUUCUCUACGCCUGCGUGGCGCACGGUACCACCGUCCUUGCCGACUAUGCUCCCAUCCGCUCGAACGCAAACGCCGUCGCCGCCCUCAUCCUCCCCAAGAUCCCCGUCGAGGACGACACAAAAUUGACCUACAUCCACAAUAACUGGCUCGUCCACUACAUUACCACCGCCGCCAACGAUGUCGUUCCCGAGGGCGUCACCUUCCUCGCCAUCACCCUCUCCACCGUCCCGCGCCGAGUUCCAUUUGCCUACCUGGUCGAGGUCCAGCGCAAGUUCAACGAGACUUUCGCCGAGGAGCAAGUCGGCGAGUGCGACCAGCCCUACGCCCUCGCUUCCUUCUCGCACACGCUCGGCCAGCUCAUGAUUAAGGCCGAUUCGACGCAGGACCGCGCCGCUACCGUGCGUCAGGAAAUCGACCAGGUCAAGGACAUCAUGUCGCAGAACAUCGAGCGCGUGAUUGAGCGGGGCGAGCGCAUCGAGAACCUCGUCGACAAGACCGACCACAUGAACCAGACCGCUUUCGCCUUCCGCAAGCGCUCGACUGCCUUGCGGCGUGAGAUGUGGUGGAAGAACAAGCGGUUGCUUGUCAUGAUUGUCAUUGCUGUCAUCUUCCUCAUCUACGUACUCGUUGGCUUCGGUUGCGGUCUGCCCUCAUGGCAGAAUUGCACCCGGGGAAACCAGAACAACAACAACAACAACAACAACGCCAACGGCAACAACGCCAACAACGGUAACAACGGUAACAACAACGGCAAUAACUAA